UAAUGAUUUAGAAAUUUUAGAAAAUAUUAAUGAUAAUUAUGUUAAUGACAAUGAAUUGAAAAAGUCCUUAGAUGAUGAUGAAAUAGUUCAAAUGGUUUUGGAUGAAGUAAACAAUGAAAAUAAUGAACCAAAAAUUAAUGUGACUAUUGUGAAUGCUUUGAAAGCAGUAGAUAUGUUGAUUGAAUAUUUUGAGCAUCAAAAUGAUUUAGAGUUUAAUGAGAAUGAUUAUAAAAAUUUAAAAAAAAUAUAA